CAGAAAAAAAGCCCAGUUGCAAUUAGAAGUAUAUUGGCAGUAGGAGUCUCGAUUUCCAAAUAUAUAGAAGAAGAUAAGCUAUUUACGCUGGUUUCCAAUUGAAAUUGGGAAUAAAUAAAAGAAGAUGCGCUGGUUUCCGAUUGAAAUUGGGAGUCGCGACAGACGCGGCUUUCCAAUUGCAAUUCCCGACAACUUCAAAUUGCGAUUGGAAGAAGAUUUUGAAGCGACACUGUUUGGGCUUCUCACGAUCGGCGAUUCUAGGCGAUCCUGCGUUUUCACGAGCCUAAUCGCCGAUCCAGACGAUCCUAUUGGAUUUCGCGAUUCUGCAUCCGUCUCGGAUCGGGAAGCUUCCCGCGAUCCUCAGACUCGUAGACUCGUUGCUCAGAGCAAGGUGGGGCACUUAAAGGUGUGGAUAUUUGAGUGUAGAAAUCCAAGCCAUGAAGCUUUCAAGCUGGUGGCCGCCGCCGCCAUGCUUCUCUGUCUCGCUCACUCCCUCUCCAACUCGCUUCCGGGAUGCGUCCGAUCCAAGGAAGAAGAAGAAGAAGGAGAAGCGGAACGACGACUCCACAAACCCUCUUCUUGUAACAAACAACUCAUCAUGCUUCUUUCCCUAGUCGCCGAAUGGAUAGUGUUGGCCUUUGCAUUGCUCUCACUGAUCAUGGGGGCGUGGGGAGACUGGGGAUCGAGAAAAAUAUGUGGCAUUCCACGCCAGCAUUAUCUAACGACGGGAGGGAUUAUGUGCUCCGUGCACGUGCUCUUCUCUCUUUCCUAUUACAUGACCGCUAACAGUACAGCCGCUACUCCAGAGGAGGAGAGGAAGAAGAAUAAUAAGGCUCCUCAACAAGUAAUUAGCAACGUGUAGCACACCUAAUCCUUAAAUAAUAGGGAGUACUGCUUGAAUAAUGCCUACUGGCGAGAAAAAUGUUCAGUGAUGUUAGACAUUUACUUUGAACAAUAUUCAAUAGCAGUAGACAUUUUACUUGAACAAUAACCAGUGGUACUAAAU